AACAACUUUCAUCUCUUUCAUAAAUGAGCUCCAGACAAAUACUUAAAGUCGCUAACUUCAAGACUGCUUCCAGAUGCUGGAUUCCAGCUGCCCAACCUGCUAGUUCAAGAUAUUUUUCUUCUAAACAAAGAUAUAUCAACUUUAACCUUCAUAGCUUGAGCGACGCUAACUUGAUCGCUAAUGACGAUGUUUUGACUCAUGAAGCAUCUAAACAUACCACCACCAGAAUCCAACACGACAAGCACGAAGAGGUAUUUGAACCCACCGUUUACUCUUCAGAAGAAGUCCAUACUGCCGGUCCAGUAAACAAGGAAAUCUCCGGUUAAACGUUGUGUAGUUUAGUACGAUUAACGAAUAUAUGCAUUUACAUUAAUAUUUAUGAUCUCCUGUGGUCUAGUUCAAUUGCUUGUG